CCCUUGGAAGAGCGGCGGCUCCUCGCCCUGUCACACCGACGUUGAGUGUCCUUGUGUCGGAUGUGAGGGAUCCCGGCGAGGGUGCACAUUGAUGUCUCUCCCGUCCGAAAUCUCUUGGAGCCUUUCAUGUUUAGGAUGCGUCCUCCUCUCCAUGGCGCGCCGUCCUUUCCUCUUUGGUUGUCCCUCUUAACGCUCCUCAAUUGGGCUCAGCCUUCUGUGCAAGCUGCUCUUGGAGAAAAUGUUGCAGUGGCGAGUAAUGAGAUCACCUAUCCCAUAUGGCUGCAUCCUCGCAGGCACAGCAGGUCUGCCGACAGAGAGCAUCCCGCCGAAGCUCAUGUUCUCAUCUCAGCUGAGGGCCAGGAGCUGCGACUUCACCUGGAGAGGAAUGAGCAGCUGUUGACACCUGGAUAUCAGGAAAUGUGGUACACUCCGGAUGGAAGUCGCAAGGCCUUCUCCCCUGUCAACAUGAAUCACUGUUUGUACCAUGGAGAGGUUGCGGGUGUAGACGGUUCCAGUGUGGUUGUCAGCACAUGCUCAGGACUCAGGGGACUCAUUUCUCUAAACGCAAGCGUCAGCUACCUCAUUGAGCCCGUUUCCACGGAUACACUCCAGCACGCUGUUUUCCGAACCAAGAGUCUCCAUCUACCUCCUACAAGCUGUCUGCAGGGCCAUAGUAACGAGGAAGUGCUUGGCACCUUCCUGCAUGGGAUGACAUCAGAACACAAGUUACGGGAACGAAGAGACCUAAGUCAGAAUAUGAAAUAUGUGGAACUGCUGUUGGUGGCGGAUAAGACUGAGUUUGACAAACAUGGGAGUAGUCUCGAGAAGACCAAACUGAAAUUGCUGGAAGCUGCCAAUUUAGUUGACAAGUACUACAAGGCUUUAAGCAUCCGUAUAGCGCUAAUCGGUUUGGAAGUAUGGACCAACCAGGACAUGAUUGACGUGUCCGACAACCCACACAGCACCUUGGCGGCGUUUCUGUCCUGGAGACGCAAACAACUUAACACGCUACACAAUGACAACGCUCAGCUCAUCACGGGAAAGUCAUUCCAGGGUACGACUAUUGGAUUGGCACCUCUGAGAGCCAUGUGCUCGGAAUACCAGUCUGGUGGAGUGAACACGGACCACUCGGAGUCAGCUGUUGGCGUGGCUGCCACCAUGGCGCAUGAAAUGGGCCAUAACUUUGGCAUGAGUCAUGACAGCACUGGCUGCUGCCAGGCCAAAGAUGAGGACGGGGGUUGCAUCAUGGCAGCUGCAACAGGGCAUCCGUUUCCACGUGUGUUUAAUGCUUGUAACAUGCGAGAGCUGAAGAGCUACUUGAACUCUGGAGGAGGAAAAUGUCUCUUCAAUGAGCCCAACACCAGAGCCAUGUAUGGAGGACAACGCUGCGGCAAUGGCUACCUGGAGGAUGGCGAGGAAUGUGACUGUGGCGAAGAAGAGGAAUGUACCAGUCCCUGCUGUAACGCAAACAACUGUACUUUAAAAGCUGGAGCCGAGUGCGCCCAUGGUGUCUGCUGUCAUAACUGCAAGCUGAAGAGCCCAGGGGUGAUAUGUCGUGCUCCCUCAGGCCAGUGCGACCUGCCGGAGUAUUGUGAUGGCAAAGCUGAGUCUUGCCCCGCUAACUUCUACUUGGUGGAUGGCACGUCGUGCGCGGAUGGGAAAGCCUACUGUUACACCGGCAUGUGCCUUACAUUGGAGCAGCAGUGCCGCUCACUCUGGGGACGAGAUGGCCGUGCGGCGCAUGACGUGUGUUUCAAGAAAGUCAAUGAAGCUGGUGACAUGUAUGGCAACUGCGGUAAAGAUCUGCUUGGGAAAUACAGGAGCUGUACAGACAGAGAUGCUAAAUGCGGUAAGAUCCAGUGUUUAUCUUCGGCGGCCAAGCCAAUAGAGAGCAACGCAGUGCGCAUAGAGACAACUGUGACUGUUGGCAACAAGAGGAUGAAGUGCAUGGGAACACAUGUGUACAAACCGGGACAGCGAGAUGAAGAGGGAACGGGGGACACUCUGGACCCAGGCCUCGUCAUGACCGGCACCAAAUGUGGCGACAACUCAAUUUGCUUCAAUGGCGAAUGCCGUAAUGCAUCUUUCCUCAAAGCUGAUGACUGUCAUGCCAAAUGUAAUGGACAUGGGCUGUGUAACAACCAGCACAACUGCCACUGCGAGAGCGGUUGGGCUCCACCUCUGUGUAACCAGAGGGGGCUGGGUGGGAGCGUAGACAGCGGACCUGUCGUGAGUCAAAGCAACCUCCUUCCAGUCCUGCUGGUCCUUCCUCUGCUUUUCUUGGUUCUAUUGGCUGUUGGACUGUGGUGCCGCUAUAAACAUAAACUCCAACCACUUAAAACAUCCUCUCCAGCACCUGUUCCGAGUUGUUCAGUUUCGGUGGAAGCCAAGCCUCUGCGGCGGGACAGCGAUGUGAAUGGUCACACCAACCCAACAUUCUUGCUGAAAAAGCAAGACUUGGACCAACAGGGAAAGUCUCCUGCUCAUCCGAGCCCGGUGCCUAAACUUGCUUCCAUGCGCCCCGCUGUGAAGCCCCCUCCUGUCCCAAUCCACGCUGCACAGCAGAGUCCUAUCCUGAGACAAUCCUCACUUCAGAGUCACUCUCCCAUUCGGCCUGAGCCGAGACGAAAGCGUGCUCCCCCGCCACCCUCAGGACCCGCCGCACCACGACCAGAGCCGCCAAACAGGCCUCCACCGCCUUGUCCUGUCAGCAAAACGGCAGUGCACCAAUCGAUAGGCCAACCUGUAACCAUUGACGCGCUGCUUAAGGGAAAGGCUGCUCUGGUGACAUCUAUUGACCGGAAAAAGCCAAACAGAUCUUGAACAAAAAGCUCAGGGAGUCGUUGAGGACCAAUUUGAUUAAAUGAAUAUACGGUAAAUACUUGACACUCUGGAUCUGUGGGCUGCUCUCUACUGAUGCGGUAGCCGUGUGGAAAGAAAUGUGAAUGAGUUUAUGUCGGCAGUGUUGUAAAAAUUGAUGGAAUAUUUAUUCCUAAAGCAAAGAAAAAAUGAAUGUUUACUGUAUUAAUUAAACAUGGUGCCUCUGGAAGAGCAUCGGCAGUAAAUGAUAUCUUACAUUAAGAAAAUACACCGGUGCUGAAAUGCUUAUGUGGGUCAUUUUAACUGGACUACAGUCAAUGCAUAUACAGUAAUUAUGAUGAGAGGCAAAUAUCAUAAAUUAUCUCUUUGAAAAAAAAAAUAAAGGCCAUUCUGUAUUUUUUAUAACUUUAUUUCAUCUAGUUUUUUAUUUGUACUUACAAUAAAUAUUAUAUAAAAUAUCGUCACCUCUUCACUCUACUUGUAGUAAGCUUUUGGUGCACAAAUGCACUGGCUAUAAAAAGCAUACACACCCCACAGGGUUGUGUAGGGUUAAUUGUUUUUGAUGCAUAAAUAUGCAUUGGGCGGAAAA